AUGUUGUUCACAGCAGUGACUCUUGCUCUUUUGGGCCAAGCUUUGGCUGGCCCGGUCGAUCUUGAAGAACGCCAGAGCAGCUGUCCCAAUAUCCAUGUCUUUGGUGCCCGUGAAACCACCGCACCCGCUGGCUAUGGUUCGUCGUCGACCGUUGUCAAUCUGAUCCUCAACGCCUACCCAGGCUCCACCUCCGAGGCAAUCAGCUACCCUGCUUGUGGAGGUCAGUCUUCCUGCGGCGGAGUCAGCUAUGGCAACUCGGUGGUUGCCGGAAUCAACGCCGUCGCGAGCGCCGUGAACUCUUUCAAUCAGAGAUGUCCAAGCACUCAACUGGUCCUUGUCGGAUACUCUCAGGGCGGUCAAAUCAUGGAUAACGCCCUCUGCGGAGGUGGAGAUCCAAACCAAGGUUACUCCAACACGGCCGUUCCGCUGUCUGCAUCGGCCGUCAACAUGAUCAAAGCGGCCAUCUUUAUGGGCGAUCCUCGCUAUAUCGCGGGUUUGCCGUACAAUGUCGGCACAUGCAGAGCGGGUGGUUUUGACCCUCGUCCUGCUGGCUUUAGCUGCCCAUCUGCAAGCAAGAUCCAGUCGUACUGCGAUGCUGCCGAUCCAUACUGUUGCAACGGAAACGAUGCCAACACUCAUCAAGGCUACGGCACCGAGUACGGACAGGCCGCUCUUACCUUUGUCAAGAGCAAGCUUAGCUCGAGCGGCUCGGGAGGUGGUUCGGGAGGAGGCUCAGGAGGUUCUGGAGGCUCGGGCGGCUCCGGUGGAACUGUUGCCCAUUACGGUCAGUGUGGAGGUCAAGGAUGGACUGGCGCCACCUCCUGCCAGAGUCCCUAUACCUGUAAGGUGGUCAGCCAGUGGUACUCUCAGUGCCUGUGA